AUGUCAGUCCUUCUCGCAAUCAUCAAUCCAUCGCCAGCUGCUAGUGAUAUUAAUGUCAGUCCAAUAUUCUGCUUAGACUGUGCAGUGCAAGCAAAUACAAAAAUUUUACCUAUGGUUCUUCAGAACGAUAUUGAUUUGCUGAAUCCCCCUGCGGAGUUGGAGAAGAGAAAGCACAAACUCAAGCGUCUUGUUCAGUCCCCAAAUUCCUUCUUCAUGGAUGUUAAGUGCCAGGGUUGUUUCAACAUAACCACUGUAUUUAGCCACUCUCAGACAGUUGUGGUAUGCGGUAAUUGCCAGACAGUGUUGUGCCAACCGACUGGUGGACGGGCAAGGUUAACCGAAGGUUGCUCCUUUAGGAAGAAAGGAGACUGAAUGGUGCCAUGACUUCUCUUAUCCAUGAAUGGAGAGUUUUGGUUAUUAGGCUUUU